AUUCAACAGGAAAAAGAGGCUAUUUUUCUUCUGGAUGAUAAACAUAUAAAUGAAAUUAACCUGGCAUCAGGGAAGACGAAGAAAAUCCCUCGGCUGCAGUCAUUGUUGAAAAAUGUAGUUGUUUUAACAACAUCAAGAAAUGAGUGUUUAAUGAGAUUGUAUUUGUAUGUAUCGGGAGAUGGCAGAAAGGCACUACUAACUACUCCUACAGCAUGUGUCUUUUUGUGGGAGAGCACAGAACAUGAGAGUACAUCCUCGUAUAAAAAUUCUUCUUCUGGGCAUUGGACACAGAUUUUGCCCAAUGAAUCAGUUGUGUUGCCUUCUACUGAAGAAAAAGAAAUUGGAGUACAUGCUGCUUUUAUACAAAAUGAGAUACUGGGUGAUUGCUGUUUGUGCUCUUUUGUAUUUUACUCUGGAGAAUGUUUGAUGCUCACAUUUCUAAUUCUUCGAUGGCAAGAAAAUAGCUUUAAGUAUGUUAGUUCUUUGCCAUACCAGAUCCACUGGGUACAGCAGACUUGCUCUCUUGUUAAUUUGGUUCCUCCAUGUGUGUCAGUAAAGUCAAGAGGAGCUUUGCUGUGUGCAUUUGCAAGAGACGGACUUCUGCUUGCAGUAGCUGUUAAUCAAACGGAUCCAAAGGCAACUCAGAUUUUGUUUUUAAACACAUUGAAUUUUGUAACUGUUUCGGGUAGCCUUAAAGGUUGUAGUAGCAAGAACAGCAAGGUCCCGUCCAAGUUUAUCAGAUCUUACUGGGUUGGCGAUAUGAGUUGGAGUCCCGACAGCCUUUUCUUGGCUUGCAUGUUAAAACGCGGAUCUUUGAUUUUAUUGACAUGUAUGGGUGAAUUGCUGACCUUGAUUACUUCUGGCUGCUCUGUAGAAUUUGGACCAGCAGAAUUUAUUCCAUUUCAUCCACUAAUAACACACAGACAGCAGCACUCUUUUUGUCAAGACUCUAGUCUGUCUCUUGAUUCUUCAGCUUCUGAACGUGACCUUAUGAGACAGAGAUUCUCUGUUGCUUCACAUUCAAGAUUACCCUACCUCAUUGUCUCUGAUGGAUAUAUGAUAACAGUGCUUAGAUUUCAUAAGAACCUCUCAGCAUCAGGAUUUAUAAGAUCCCUUUUGCUUGAUUCAACCCAACAGCUUGAAAAUAUCCGUCGGAAUUUGCUGAACUGCAAGUCUAAAGGGAAGCCUCGGUGUUUAUGGUCACUGUUGUCUUUAAAAGCUAGUCUUUUAAAACACGCUCAAAACCAAAGUUCCAUCUUUUCCACCAUUCCAAAAUUCUUGGAGGAGGACAGAACAGAAAUGAGUGAGAAAACUGUGGAUUUACUGGGUUGUGAAGAAGAAUCAGAUGAUGAAAAGCAGUUUUGCAAUAGCCCUUCCAGCUUUGGUAGCCAAAGAAUCCAUCCGUUUGUUGGUAAAGCUGAUCAAGGCCACUUAGAAUUUGCGUCAAUGUUCGAUACUAUCCAUGCAAAAGACAAUACUGAAGAGAAAGAUAAAUUACCAGUGGAAUUAUAUUCCGUUCAGAAAAACCUCCUUGCUGCAUGGCAAAUUGGGAUUUCAAAAAAUAUGGAAGAGAAAGAUAGGUUGCUGAAUUACACGGUGAACUGCAUUAUCCAUUUUUUCAAUGUUCUUCAGUUUGUGAAAUGCUCUUUGCUAAACCAGGAUGCAUCUUUAAACAAGCCUGUGAAGAAUACUCACUGGAUGCAUUGUGUUCUGAAAUAUUUUCAGCAGUGUUUAACUGUCUUGUACUGGCAUUCAAGAGCCAGUCUUACUGGGCACGUGGCAAAUCUGACGUUACAAACUUUAAAAUUGAUGCUUACACAGCAACAAGAUCAGUUGUUCUCAAAAAACCUUUUGGCAUGCUUCUGUCUUUUGAAAAUGGUUUCGCACACUUUAAGUAACGUGUGCGUACUACAGUAUGAGAGUGUUUUUGCAUCUCCCCAUGGUAAUAGUCUCAUGGAACUUGACUCCCUCACUACACCUAUUCUCACAGUUCUUGAUGAAAGUACAAGUCAGCAAUUUAGCUCACUGAAAUCUCUGCUUAGAAAACCUCCUCAAGUGGUAAACCAUGAUGCAAAAACAGAAAAAAG